AUGAAGCAAUUCAUCUCCAUGAUCGUGGCUACCCUAGCUACCGGAGCUCUAGCCGAUCUGCAUUAUACCGGACUCUGCUACGACUCCCCCGGCCAGGACGUGAAAGUCUUCAACCAAGCCGCAACCCAGACGGCCUGCACAUACUACAAGAACCGCAACACGGGCAGCAAGCAAUGGGACCAAUGCCCGGACUGCACCCUGCUGAACGACCAAAGCAUUCUGUACUACUGCCAGUCUGCGGGCCAGCACAUUGGGGGAGACGAAUUGUCGUAUUAUUGUGGCCUGGCUGGAGCGGAUGGCAGUUUGGCCUGGUGA